UCUGUCAAAUUGUUAAAUGAACGAGUGGUGGAUCUCAACUUUCCUUUUUUGCAAAAAUUAACUUCUCUCAGCAUUAUGAAGUAAAUAUUAUCAUUGACAAUCGUAGUUAGUGUUUGUUGUUACCCGUCGAUUGGUCCACAAUGGGUGAUAGUAGUGACACAGACGAGUUUUAUGAUGCUGAAGAAUUCACACCUAUAAAGGGGUCUAAAAGAUCAUCAUUAUGCAAGAAUGUCAAGGUACCAGAUGGGUCAGGGGAGAGGACAGGGCAGGACAAGAGUCCACAAACAAGUAAAUCCGAGGAGUCAGGCAGCAGGAAUACAGAACCUGCAGCAUCUGGAGACAAUGCUGUGCCGACCACCGAAGUAACUCCCGUCGAAGAUGACAGGACUACUGUUAAAAAUGUGGUCCAAGGCCGCAAGAGGUUUCAGGAGCUGCGGCGCUGCAUGCAGACGGAGGAGGAGGACGAGGUACCCGAGACCGGCUCUGCUGACCACCAGUACGCGCUCGAACAGCCUUUCAAAAUAAUAGCCCACGAUACAAUGAGUCUGCAAAGUAUGACCUCUCUAGGGAGAAUCGGCAGAAUACUGAGCGGCGCUUCCGAAUCUCAUCCGAACAUACGCGACGCUGCGCCCGCGCCGUCGCUGUCGUCCAGGGAACCCUCCACCAUAUCUGACGACCCACUACCCUCCGACAGUAGAAAUCAAAAUGUGGGCGGGCUAGCGGAGCCGGAUGUGAUAGCGAGUACGAAGGCCAACAGCCUGAAGCAGUCCCGCGGCAGCGCCAUCGUGGCCGUCGCCGCGUGCGCCGAGCCGCGCCCGCCGCCGCCCGGGCCCGUCGCGCCGCCCAGGAAGAAGAAACGAAAUAAGCUGCACGGCUCGCAAUCGCUGUCGACGGCCGACGGCGACAACCUGAGUGUCUGUACCACCGACACUGACGAUUACCGCUACGUGCCGCGCCGCCCCGACAAACCCACGUUGGAGUCUCUCGUCGUAGAGCCGCCUCUCUCCAGCGUGGUGAACCAGAGCAUGGCAUUACCGAGCCCCGCCAGCACCAUAGAGUCGCUGACCAGGGAGUUCCAGGACUCACUCGAACUCUCGCACUCUAAAUAUGCAAUGGACCGGUCAGUGAGCAGCCUGCACGAGUCCCGCGGCAGUGAGCGAGGCAGCGGCUCGUCGCGAGGAAGCAUUGCCAGAAGGCACCAGGACUCCGCCCUCGACAUCAAGGAGGCUGUCCGAGUAGAGGCGGGCAUUCCACGACCACAGGGUGACUACGUAGUGAAGCCUCUGGACGAUGAACGCGUGCGCAGUGACGGUUUGAGAACACACAGCGAGGGCCGCACCGCGCCCACCACCGGAACCUCCAGUCUUGGUUCUGCUACCAGACGCAGCAACUCAGACGGCACCAGCAGCGUGGGCGGCGGGCGGCGCCGCUCGGCCGGCGACGAGCAGCAGCUGCAGCUGGGCGUGCGCACCAGGACCACCUCCGGGCACUGCCUCACCGACAUGGAGAUCCUCGAGCAGGUCUGCGUGCUCAACCUCGACACAGGCGAACGAGUGCCAUUAAGCAUAGCGGAACACAAACUUCCACAAUGCAUGAACCCUCUGAGUCUGCACAUAAUGAGACUCACUUCCGAGUACAUCGGACGAGAGAAUGACGAGGAGAACACCAGCGCGGGCGGCGCGGGCCGCGCGGCGGGGUGGCGCCGGCGGCUGUCCGUCAGCCUGUACUCGCUGGCCAGCAUGGCGCGGACUACUAGGGAAACUGACGAGGAAAGUGAGAGCGUGUGUGCGGGCGGCGCAGAAGACGAGACUAAAGAGAAGAAGAGUGAGGCCACGGACAGACAGACCACAGCCAUUAAGCGUAAGACUGAGAAAAUACCAACGUAUCCACCUACAAAUUUAGUCAAAAGUCAUUCCCAAGACAACAUAAACAAGAAACUCACUCACGAAAUGAAUGCCAGGUUAAAGCGAUUCUUCGGCAGUACGGUAAAGAAGACAGUAGAUGCUGCUAAAUCGCUAGCACAAGAGGUGUCUCACGCGCGACAUAAGGAAGAUGUCGCAGACAUAGCAGAUGACGUCAGAGGCGAACAUAACAUUAAGCUAAAAGCAUCCAAUUCGCAUAAAGGGCCGUAUGACUUCGAUGGAUGUGUUAGACAUGUUCAGGAGAUGUCGGGCCACAUCGGCGCCGUGUGGUGCUGCAAGCUGAGUGUGUGUGGCCGCCUGCUGGCCACCGCCGGCCAGGACAAGCUGCUGCGCACCUGGGUCACCAGGGAUGCCUACCACAUGUUCCAGGAUAUGCGAACAAAAUACAACGCGGAACAGAAAUCCUCCCCCACCCCCUCACAGGAAUCUCUCGCAUCGUUCCCCCCCGCGCCCCCGAUGCCUUCCGAGCCCCUGCCCCCUUCCGCUCCCUUCUGCCCGCGUCCCUUCUGCGUGUACAGUGGACACACCAGUGAUCUGCUCGACGUGUCCUGGUCCAAAAACUACUUCUUGCUGUCUAGUUCCAUGGAUAAGACUGUUAGGCUAUGGCACAUAUCCCGCGGCGAGUGCCUCUGCUGCUUCCAGCACAUAGACUUCGUGACGGCCAUCGUGUUCCAUCCGAGAGACGAUCGCUACUUCCUCUCUGGCUCGCUCGACGGCAAGCUGCGCCUCUGGAACAUACCAGACAAGAAGGUGGCAGUAUGGAACGAGGUGGACGGCAAGACAAAGCUGAUAACAGCGGCCAACUUCUGUCAGAACGGCAAGUUCGCCGUCGUUGGUACCUACGACGGACGCUGCAUCUUCUACACCACCGACCAGCUGAAAUAUCAUACGCAGAUUGAUGUACGGUCUACCAGGGGCAAGAAUUCGACGGGUCGCAAGAUCAGCGGCAUAGAGCCGAUGCCGACAGACGACAAGAUACUCGUGACCUCUAACGACAGCCGCAUCCGGCUGUACGACCUGCGCGACCUCAACCUUUCCUGCAAGUACAAGGGAUACGUCAACGUCUCCAGCCAGAUCAAGGCGUCGUUCUCUCACGACGGCAAGUACAUAGUGAGCGGUUCGGAGAACCAGUGCAUCUACAUCUGGAAGACUUACCACGAUUACUCCAAGUUCUCAUCAGUGAGGCGAGACCGGAACGACUACUGGGAAGGUAUAAAAGCCCACAACGCCGUGGUGACCUGUGCGGUGUUCGCGCCCAACCCCGACCACAUGAUCCGCAUGAUCGCCGAGAGGGAGGAGGAGGAGAGGGCCAACAGGGAGGGAGAGGAGAGAGACGAUGUCAAGGGCGCAGAAGCCAUGGUGCCAGCGUCCAACGCCGGACAAGUGCUCGUCAGCGCGGACUUCAACGGCUGCAUCAAGGUGUUCGUCCACAAAGCCAAGCCCAAACACAGCUCGUUACCCGCCUCUGCACUCGCGUAACUACACUGUACCAUCGUAACUGUAAUGUACCGUAUUAUUGUACCAUCAUAACUAUAAUGUACCACAAUAUUGUACCAUCGGAACUAUGUUGUACCAUCAUCUUUAAAAGUUUGCCGUUAACACGUUCCGUGACACAGACCACGGGUCAUUUAACUUUCAUUCAUGAGGAUUGCAAUCAGGAGAUCGCCUGUAGACACUGUAUCCUGGAACCUGAAAGCUACGCGUCUACUUGAGUGGAAUAAGACCGUACGUAGUAUCGGCAUGGACUUGCCAAUUUAGCGAACUCCGGUCUAUAGAAUCAACACGAAGGAAGAAAUACUUACCCUUAGUCUGUCCCGAUUCCGGUUAAGUGGAGCGGAUACGCCGUUUUAAAAAUCUUUUCCUACAUACUUUUCAUUAAAAAAAAUUGAACACUUUCGAAUUUUCGUUCAACAAAACACGAUUUUAGUGAAAUUUUAAACUUGGAACAAUAAUAUUAGGAGUUAAAAACAUUAUAUUACCCACUGUAAAAUGUAUUUUUUUAUUCCUAAUACUCGAUUCUCGUAAUAUUUUUCUGAUAAUCAUUACGAGGUGUUUCGAUUUUUUUUUUGAUAAGUUAUGUUCUAUCCAAAGUAACUCUGGGCCAAUAGGUCCAGCAUACAUUAAUACAUUUUUGGUUAGCCGAUGUCUCAGUUUGACAUCUAAAAAUUAGGAGAAUCACCAAAAACAGGGGGGUUAAAAUGGCCACAUUGAAGAAAUUCAUCUAAGAAAGCAAUAUUGUAAUUUGCGCAUAUAAAAGUAAGUGCGCAAUGCAAAGAAAUGUCACAAAGCAAUAUUGCUUUCUUAGAUGAAUUGCUUCGAUGUGAUAAUUUUAGCCCCCCCUGUACUUAUAUCAUAUUUCCUUUGUAACAAAUAACAUCUAUAUCGCAAUGGCUAAAUUAACGCAAGCAAAUUAUCGAAGAAAGAGUUGUUUCUCACGUAAAAGUAUCUUUUGUCAUAUGAAACUUUGACUUAGAUCAUGUUUAUCAGUAAACCGGCCACAAUAAGUAAAAUCUUUAUUAUUCUGGAAAAUUAAGCCUUCUUAGAGUAUUAUAAAUAUUCUCGAGAAAAGCGAAUAAAGGAGAUCAUCGGCUUUCCAUACUUUCGCCGGCCCAAAUUUGAAAGUGCCGGCCAGAGAAAAAAAAUGUAUCGAACCUUUCGAGUAGAUUGCUCUGAACAUUUUUUACUAUGACACCAAACGUGUAUGACCAUUAGUUUGGCUUUAAUUGGAUUUUAAAAAUCACGAUUUUUCAUACAUUUUGUAAAAAAAAAUAUUAUGCUCGUUAGGAAAAAGAGGUAUACAGGUAUAUUACAAAGGACCGUUAGAACAUUUAUUAGUAUGGCGCCAAACUUCUAUGACCAUUAUUUUGACAUUUAUUGGACUUUCCGUUUUGAUUAAUAUGUUAAAAUGCCGGCCAUCGAAAAAAAUACGUCAAGUCUGUCUAAUAGUUGCUUCUCAAUAUUUUUUAAUAUGACACCAAACAUCUAUGACCAUUAUUUUGACUUUUAUUGGAAUUUACGUUUUAGUUCAAAUGUGAAAAGUGCCGACCAGCAAAAAUACCAUGUUGAGAGCAUGGAGUAGAUGCCUGUUAACAUUUUUUUCUAUAGCGCCAAACGUGUAUGACCAUUAGUUUGCCUUUUAUUGUAUUUUAAAAAUCUUGAUUUCUUAUUUAUUUUGUUUAAAAAUAAAGUGCUUUGGGCAUAAAUUGUGGUACGGCGGAUUACAAAGGACCUUUAGAACAUUUAAUAAACUGGCGCGAAACAUUUUUGACCGUUAUUUUGACUUUUAUUCGUCUCUCUUUCCGUUUUGGUUCAAAUGGGAAAAUGCCAGCCAGCGAAACAAAAUAAGUCAAAUCUUUUGGAAAACGACUUGAAACGUAUUUUUUACUAUAUUACCAAAUGUCGACUUUGGCUUUUAUUGGACUAAUUAUAUACAUUAUAACAAUGACAACAAGCAGAGCUUUCCCAAUGACUCGUUAUUAGUCAGAUAAAUACUUUGUGUUUUUGUUUUGUGUGUUGUUAGGUGAACUUCUAUAUUAAUACUAUCUGAUUUUAGAUACGACGUUGGCUGUAGUUUUUGCAUUCGACUCAACGUUACGGCCUAAGUUUAGGUUGAAUUAUGGUAUUGAUUCAUCUUGACCGUAGAUGGUUACCACCCUCCAAAGAUAAGCUUGCCAUCUAGUGGCGAAAAUCGUAUUUUGGCAUGACGUCUGAAGUAGCUGUUAGGGAAGACAGGAGUCGGGCAGUUGUACUUUGCAUGCAUGCCGAUCACAAUUGUCCUGGUGGUACUCGGCCGAUAUAGCAUAGUACCUCACUUUUCUUGAAAAAAAAAUAAGCUUCUAAAGCGUGUAUCACCAUCAGGUGAGAUAGUGGUCAAACGGAAACCUAUUUUUGAUUUAGAAAAAUGUGUCCAAAGACGACCACGAUAUUAUGCCUUUACCUGAAUUAUCGCCAGAUAAAACUUUUUUCGCCAAAGUGUAGGUAUUGCCUACACUAUUGGUAUUGGUGGUAGGAGUUGCUUGGAAGAGAUUGCUACCUUAGCAAUAAGGCCGCCUGUUGUACUUCCAAUUUAAUUAUAAUACUAAUGCAUUUUUAAUGUGAUUCAAGUGCAAUAAAGAGUCUUUGUAUUGUAUUGUAUUGUAUCUAUGAAAACUCCAGAUUUUUGAGAAAUCGAAUUCAGUUAAAAAUAGUGGUCAUAGACGUUUAAUGUCAUAGUAAUAAACAUUCUGACGAUCCUUCAAAUAACGCACCUGUCAUAUUUAAUUUUAUAACAAAAUAAAUCAAAAAUCGAGAUUUUAAAAAUCCAGCAACAGCCAAACUAAUGGACAUACACGUUUAUUGUCAUAGUGAAUAAUGUUUACAGGUAUCUUUUCGGUAGUUUUGACGUGUGUUUUUUGCUGACCGGCACUUUUCACAUAGAAACUAAAACGUAAAGUCCAAUAAAAGCCAAAAUAAUGGUCAUAGACGUUUGGUGCCAUAAUAAUAAAUGGUCAAAUGGAUAAGUUUUAACGGGAUAUACCAAUAUUGUUUCUUGGCCGGCUCUUCAUAUUUUCACCAAAAUGUAUGAAAAAUACAAGUUUUUUUUAAUUGGAAUAAAACCGAAAAUAUUGACGCUACAGCUUUGGUGCCAUAGUAAUAAAUGCUCAGACGGAUAAGUUCUUAGGACAUAUACCAUUAUUGUUACUUGGCCGGCACUUUACAUUUUCACCAAAAAUGUAUGAAAAAUACAGUUCUUUAUAUUCGAAUAAAACCGAAGAUAUUGACCCUACAGCUUUGGUGCCAUAGUAAUAAAUACUCAGACGGAUAAGAUCUAACGGAAUAUAGCAAAAUUAUUUUUUGGCCGGCACUUUGACUUCUGGGCCGAAAUCCGAUGAUCUCCUUUGUUUCUUUUUACAAUAGCACGCACUAUUGUAUAUUCUUCUAAAUGUAUGCUCAUACUUCUAAAUGCCUAAAACAUGGUACAGAAAUCAUAAUCAUUUAUUCAACGUAAUUAUGGAUAAACAUGUUGAAAGUCAAUUUAUAAUUUAUGAAUCUACGUCAUUUCGCAAGGUGUUAUGAUUGAGGAUAGGAAAUUACAUACAACUGCAACAGCAACACAUCUUUUAAAUCAAUCUAGGUAUACUUUACAAGUUAUUUAAUAACUGGAGUAACCCCUUAUCACAACUAAAAGAUGUCACGGCUGUUUUAACCAGGGUAUCGUGUUACUGUAGGAAAAUAUUUGACAUUAAUAAAGGUGUCAGAAUCUGCUCUCGAUAUACAAUACUAAAACAUGUCAAUGGAAAUGCAAAAUUAUCAACCAAACGCAGAAUUCGAUUCAGGAUCAUUUUUGUUACCUACAUUAUUAUAUUUUGUUUUACUUUUUGGUUAUAAAGUCGAUAUAUUAAAAUCGAUGAAAAGUCCUACAUCAACGUGGUUCAUCAUACAUCACAUCAUCCAUCAAGUGUUGGUGGUAAGGCGCAAAACUAUAUCCUAAAUAUAUAUUAUAACUAAUCUCGUGGAUCCAUCUGAAAAUUAUCUAUGAUAAAUACCGAAGAGCUAAUUACAAUAGUUUACUUAAACAUAUGGUUUAUAAAAAAUAUUUGAUAGGUAGGUUCUGUUAGCGACAAAACUCAUGCCUAAGUUUGAUUUUAUCGCAAUAAUUAUUUAAAGAAGUCUUUUCAAAACUUGUUUCACAUUACAUUGUCAUAAACACAAGCUCAGAACAUUGUUUUUAAUCGUAACAAAUUAUAACAAAUCAGCGGUUCCCAAUUACCUGUGUAGUUAGCGUACCCGCGAGGUACCUUGAAAGGUACGCGAAAGUUUUUAUAAUAAAAUAUCAGUAAUAAAUUAACAUUUAUGUGCAAUAGUGUUGAAAUUGACACAAUUAACCAUUGCAAUAUAUUAUGUAGAAACAAUUAUUGGGUUAUCAAUGGUGACGGUUUUAGCGGACUAAAAUUUAUUUUAUUUUAGUCUGGUAGCACUAAAAUACUUCCAUCAUUCACUUACGAUGAGUCUAAGACAGAGCAUGGUAUAAGAAAACCACGUAUGCUCAAAACUGACAGCUAGCAUUCCAAGGUUAGCCCAGCUGAUGUCCUUCUACCCUAAGUUGCCAUUUCGUAAAAAAAAAUACCCACGUCCAAUGUUUUUAAUUUACUUUGCAAGGAAAGUUUGAACUUUUAGUAAAAGAUUUACGUACAGUUAUAAUAAUUUUUUUUAGGAGCUCGGUGGCGCAGCGGUUAACGCGCUCGGUCUGCGAUUGUUGAAGUAAAGCAACUUUCGCAAAGGCCGGUCAUAGGAUGGGUGACCACAAAAAAAAAAGUUUUCAUCUCGAGCUCCUCCGUGCUUCGGAAGACACGUUAAGCCGUUGAUCCCGGCUGCAUUAGCAGUCGUUAAUAACCAUCAAUCCGCACUGGGCCCGCGUGAUGGUUUAAGGCCCGAUCUCCCUAUCCAUCCAUAGGGAAGGCCCGUGCCCCAGCAGUGGGGACGUUAAUGGGCUGGUGAUGAUGAUAAUCAUUUUUAUAUAUGUGACAAAUAAUAGUUAUUAAAUACAUUACUCAGUAAUUCGAUUAAUUAUCUCGAAAAAUUUACGUCUAUGGAAUGUUGCAGAUACCAAUUUAAUGGUAACACUUACGUCAAGGGCUAGCAAUGACAGCUUGUCAUACGAUUGAGUAUACCUGGUCUUCUUAUACCAUGAGACAGAGAUAGAACUAGUUAUAGUGCUGUCAAACCAAAUUAAAAUUAAGUUUGUGCUGCCAGAAUAGGCGCCAAUAUGAUUGGUUAUAAAGGUCAGCGCCCAUUAACCCCAUAUUCUACUUAGUUCGAUGUAAUGUUUGUUUACUUGUGUAAGUGAUUUAUAUUUAAAAUCCUAUUUUAUGUUAGACUUCGUGUUUUAUAAUUGUAAGUAAAUUAUUCUUAUGUCUUGCGCAAAUUUGGAAUAUACAAAAUUUUAUUAAGAGUUCCAUUUGAUUUCCAAUAUUUGGGAGAAUGUUCAGAGAGAAAAUUUUAAUUGUUUUUUUUUUCUAUUGAGAAAUGAGUAAAGUACUUUCUAAAACAGAAUUUCAUACUUGUUUCAGAAAGAUUUUUUAUACUUUUGUUAGUAAGUUUCUAAUUGUAAGAUAAUUUCUUAUUCUGGCUGUGUCCUUUCUUCUUAAUUUAAUUUUCCUCUUUCAUUAAUCAUUCACAGAUCAAAUAAGUUCUUGCCUUAUAUCGUAGAACAUGUGAUGAAGAUGUAUUGUAUAAGUGUACAUUGUUUAGAAAUUGUAUAGAAAUCGAUGCCAUUGUAUUAUCAUAUAGAAAUGAAUUAUGUAUAUUUUUAACUCGCAUUUACCUCCAUCAAUAAAUCGUUAUAAUUAUUAUAAA